AUGGAGGACAAGGAAGAUAUUUUUGAAGUCGUCAUAUCCGGCGUGGGUGGCAAAUUCCCCAUGUCGGAAAACAUGGAUGAACUAAGAAUAAAUUUGAACAAUAAAGUGAAUAUGGUAACCGAAAGUGAUUGCAGAUGGAAUAAAGAUGAAUGGCCAGGAGUUCCAGCUGCCACGGGAAAAGUAAGCGUACAUCAAAAACUGGAUGAUACAUUUAUGGGAAUGAAUUCACGAAUCGUAAAAGCAUUGGAUCCUUUGACAAGAUGUUUAUUGGAAAGAGUUUACGAAGCAAUAAUUGAUGCAGGACUGAAUCCGAAACAUCUCUACGGAUCAAAAACUUCUGUUUACACGGCUUCAUGUGUCAGUGAUAGUGAAGCGAUUGGAUGUGAUGAGAAAUUAACUACACCAUUUUGGCUUCUUGCACAUGUCAGAGCUCUUUUGGCAAAUAGAGUUUCUAACAUAUUUAAUUUACAAGGACCAAGUUAUACAAUUGAUUCAUCUUGGAUUGGUGGUAUAGAAAUUUUAAAACAAGCUGCUGCGGAUGUAGCAAAAGGUAGGAUUAAAUCAGCAUUGGUUGGCGUUACCAAUAUUAUUUGGCAUCCAGAUAUGGCAAAACAUUGGAUAGGAUUAGAUAAGCUUAGCGCCGAUGGAAUUUGCAGGUCAUUCGACGAAAACGCAAGUGGAUACGGUCGAAGCGAAGGUGUUGUUGUACUUCUACUCCAAAGGUCUACUGAUGCAUUACGUUCUUAUGGUACUAUUUUACACUGUGAUGCUAGACUUUGCAUGGAAAAAGCGAUCAACCUUAUACGACCAUCUGAAGAUUCAUUCCGUGAAUUUUUCAAAACAUUCUAUGAAGAUUGUAAAGUUUUACCUGAAAAUGUUUCAUAUUUAGAAUCCGAUGGAUCUGCUUGCAAAUAUUAUGAAGAAAAGGAGCUGAAUGUAUCAUCGGAAAUUUUCUGUGAAGAUAAAAGGAUCUCUCCUUUAUUAAUUGGAUCAAUAAAAAGUAACUUAGGACAUACCGAAGGUGCAUCGAGUUUGAUAGCAAUUGUGAAAGCAUUAAUUGCGUUAGAUUCUGGUAUUAUUCCACCUAAUAUCAACUAUGUAUCACCAAAUAUUAAAAUUGAAGCAUUGAAAAAAGGAAAAAUGAAGGUGGUCACGGAACCUACAAAAUUAGAGGGGACUAUUGUCGGAACAACAACUUUGGGAAUGCCAUCAUCCAUUGGUCAUGUUUUACUUAAACAGAAUCCCAAAAUAAAGUUGUAUCCUCAACUAGGACCUAGUCAAAGAUUAGUUAUAUUGUCAUCAAGAACAGAAAAAGGCAUUUCUGAAGCAAUAGACAGAGUCAAAUCUCUGCCUAGAGAUGACGAAUAUUUAGGACUUAUUCAAAAUGCAUUCAGUGAAAAUAUAACUGGCCAUUUCCACAGAGGUUAUGUAAUACUCAACGAAGAAGCUUCACCAACAUUAGGCGUUCAAGAGAUAGGCGAAUUCAAUCGUCCAGUAUGGUUUGUUUUUGCUGGUAUGGGAUCACAGUGGCCUGGAAUGGCGUCAGAUCUAAUGGAAAUACCAUGUUUUGCUGAUAGUGUUAAACGAUGUGAUAAAUACAUUCGUCCUCUUGGUUAUGAUAUAUUAGACAUAUUAACAAAUCCAGAUCCUGAAGUUCUGAAACAAAAACCAAUUAUUUCAUUCUUAGCAAUAACUACUAUGCACAUCGCAUUUGUAGAUCUAUUAGCGAUGCUUGGUAUUCAUCCCGAUUUUAUGUUUGGUCAUUCUUUGGGUGAAAAUGGAUGCGCUUAUGCUGAUGGAUGUUUCAAUACGUAUGAAGCUUUAAUGGCAGCAUAUGGUAGAGGCAAAGUAUCCGAAUUCUUAAAGCCUGAAAAAGGCCUCAUGGCAGCGGUAGGUUUAAAUUAUCAAAAUAUACCUGAUUUGCCAUCUAGUAUUGAUAUAGGAUGCCAUAAUUCUGAAGAUAAUGUUACUUUAUCUGGUCCUUCUGACGACAUGGAAAUUUACUUAGAGACUCUGAAAAAACGAAACGUUUUUGUUAGAACUGUAAAUUCAAAUGGGAUUGCGUAUCAUUCAAGAUUGGUCAGAAGACAAGCUGAUUUUGUUCAGAAAUUUAUUGAAAAAGCUGUACCAAAUCCGAAGAAACGAUCUUCAAGAUGGAUAUCAACUUCUAUACCGGAAGAAAAUUGGAAUAGUGAAUUAGCACAAUGGAGCUCUGGAAAAUAUCAUGCAAAUAAUUUUAAGAAAACUGUUUAUUUUUCCGAAGCAUGUCAAAAAAUACCUAAAAAUGUUAUAGUCAUAGAAAUAGCUCCUCACGGCCUAUUUCAAGGAAUAUUAAAAUCGGCCUUAGAUAGUUCAUGUAAAAUUGUCUCUGUAGCAAAACGAGGAAGUAAAAGUCCACUAAAACAUUUUCUAACAACACUUGGUGAACUAUAUUCUAGUGGUCUUCACUUUAAUUUGGAUAAGAUCUACCCCCCACCAGAGUAUCCAGUUUCGAGAGGAACUCCGAGUUUAGCCCCUCUUGUAUCUUGGAACCACGAAGAAACUUGGCCAAUUAACACACAUUAUGGCGAUUCAAAUUCAGACUAUGUACAACUUUGCCUACGUGAUAAAACUUCAAGACAUCUAUUAGGACAUAAAGUCAAUGAUGCAGUUGUGGUGCCUCUAUCAUUGUUCAUUACAGAAGUGUUGAAAUCACUUGAAAAUAAGCAAUCAGCUAUCUUAAAUAAAUCACACCAAACAAUAUUUGAAAACGUUUUUGUUCAUAAACCUCUAAUUUCGACCGCUGAAGAGUCCAAUGGUUUUUAUACACAAAUUCAACCAGGUACUGGUUCUUUUGAAGUGAUUGAAUCUCGACAUGUAUUAUUAUCUGGAUUGGUGUACAUCGAUGAUAGUAACCAUCUUAUUAGCCCAGAACCACCAACAGAUUAUGAAGUUAAUAUUGAAAAUGAAUGGAUAUCAGAUAAUGAAAUAUAUAAAGUAUUUUCUGAAAAUAAUAUUAAUUUCUCAACUCCUUAUUGUACCAUUCAAAAAAUCCUUAUUCGAGAUAAAGGUUUCUUGGCAAAUAUAUUUUGGAAAAACGAUCUUAACAUCAAUCUCAACUCGAUGAUGCAGUUAAAAAUGUUUGCUGAUCUUCAAUCACGUCAUGACUUACCUUUGCUUCCAUCUUGGUUUAGAAGUUUAGUUAUCGAUAGUGAAAUAAUCAAAAAUAUUAAUUAUGGAUCGAUGGUUUACAUUACAUUUGAUACUCGAACUAAUGUCAUUAGAGGGCCCGGGAUAGAAAUUGAAACUUUAAAGACAUCCAUUUUUCCAACAAUUGAUCCAAUGCCUAUAAAUUUGAAUAUUCAAAAAGUACAAUUUAUUGAACAACCUUAUCCUAAAAUUCAAAAUUUUGUGCAGUUUUUAAGCAUUUGUAUGCAACUGGUCAAAAAUACGGUACACUCGCCAUCAAAGUUAAAAACAAAAUUAAAAAUUAAUGAUGCUUUAUUUGUAGAAUCAUUUAAAAGGGUUUUUGAAAUACAGCCAUUUUUAAAGGCAGAUGUUGAAGAAUACCAUUCAAAUUUUCAAAUAACAGAUUUAGCAUCCAAUCAUGUAUUACUUUUGGUAACUGAACAUUUAAACGAAAAAUUAAAUAAAGAUAUAAAAAAUUGCGCAGGAAAAGUAUUUGUUUUGAUAAAGAAUUCAAUUGUUGAUGAUACAUAUACCACAGUGGUUCAAUAUGAGCAUAAUGGUUCUAUUUAUCGUCUAAUAACAAGACUAGUGAAAUUACCGAACAAAAUUUUGGAGGUUAGCACUAAAAACAGUUCAUGGACAGAUAACAUAGAACAAGGACUUAAAUUAUUAUCUAGUAACGUUUCGCCAAUAGUUUUGAUUAAAAAUGAUUCAGAAAAUUCAUUGCAAGUGGUGCAAAAAAUUGAAAAUAUCAAAUCUAUGAUUGAUUUUAGAUAUGUCAUACUUUACGACGGUGUAAAAUUGUUUGAUUUGACCAAGACCUUCUUCAGGGAACAACUAUUUAAAGGGUUAAGGCAAAACAUAUUAAAAAAUAACAGCUGGGGAAGUUAUACCAUACUUCCUUGUAUGGAUAAUCUUUCUACAGAGUUAAAUACUAAUGAGUUGCAAAAAUAUGUUAAUCCCGAAAGUGAAUUCUCCAUCAAGUAUAUAGGAUCUUUUAAAACAAAUUUAAUGGAAGAUGAAGUAUGUACUCAAUACUCGGGUAUAGACAAUGAAGGAAAAAGUAUAAUGGGUAUUUUAAAAUAUAAAUGUAAAAAUAAGCGAUACGAAAUCGAUAAUAUUCUAAAGUGGUAUGUAGAUUCUGAAAUGACCUUGGAAGAGUCAGUAAUGUGUCCAUUAGCUUACUCAAUGGCUUACUAUUGUAUUGUAAGCAAAGCACGUGUUAAAUUUGGAGAUUCAAUUCUUAUACAUAAUGGGUGUUCACAAGAUGGACAAGCAUUUAUAAGAGUUGCCCUUGGUUUUAAUUGUAAGAUCUACGUAACUACAUAUAAUAAUGAGCAAUCUGACUUUAUAAAAAGUGUAUUUCCAAAGUUGAGUAGCGGCAACAUACUAGAUCUCAAUAACAGCAAGUUUGAAAUACAGCUAAUGAGUUUAACAAAGGGAAAAGGAUGUGACAUCGUUAUCAAUGCUAUACCAACUGAAUUCCUGUUGGCUUCUCUUCGAUGUGUUAAACCGUUUGGCUCAUUUAUACACAUAGGUUCACAAGAUGUGAACGUGCAUACAGAAAUUGGCAUGAAUAUGUUUUUAAAAAAUAUUUCAUUAUACGGUGUACAAGACUUAUUAAACAUAGUUAAUUCUCCUAUCGAAACCAAAAACCAUCUGAGGCAGCUUGUUGAAAAUGGUAUCAAGGAUAAAAUAGUUAGGAAAUUAUAUGAAGAAAUAUCAAAAACAAAUAAAACAUCUACUAACAAUGUCCAUAAUUCAAUGAAACUAAUUGAAACAAAUAACUCAGAUCAUAGUUUUGUUAAAAAAGAAAUGGCAUACAUAAUUAUUGGUUCUGCGACGAAUUUAUGGAUUAAAACAGUUAACUGGCUUCUUCAACAAGAGGCAAAAAAAUUGAUAUUUAUCAUUGAUGGUACCAACUCAGUAAUGAGAAGGAGUCAAAGAACUAUAUAUUCACUAAUUCAAAAGUACUCCGAUGUUUCGUUUAUCAUGACUUCGGCUGAAAGGUUUAAUACUACAAAAGAGGGGGAAACAUUGCUACGGGAAUUCGUAUCAUAUUCAAAAAUUGAAGCUUUGUUUUGUGUAGAAACGAGUGACACAAAAUUGAAGAACAUUGAUAAAGCUUGUAGAAAUGUUUUACCAGACUUAAAACAUUUCAUAUGCAUGCAGAGUGAUGCGAUGGAAGUCUGUGAAUCAAGAAGCAACGCAAAUUAUAAUUGUAUUAACGUGCAGUGUGAUAAAUCCGUUCGAAAACCAGAAAUCAUAUUAAAGUACAUGAAUAAAUUGGUGGACACUGUAAAUGAUUCUAAGCCCAUUUCUGUCAUUUUUGAUAAUCCGUUAAUAUCUGAACAUGACAACUUUGAUUCAACCUCAGAAUAUUUACCAAAAACCAUCAAAGAAUUACUUGACCUUAAUAUAGAUUUGCCAGAAUAUCCACGAUUUGAACAAUGUACAUCCAAAAGUAUUCCAAAUACUGGUAAUAAUAGUCUAUUACCAGUGUUCAUUAUUCCUGGAUUAGGAGUUUCGCGGAUACAACCUUUAAUCAAUCAAAUUAUGCAUCCAGUAUUUUGUGCUAAAUUUCCGUCGUACAUUAACUCGAUCGAAAAUGCAGCGCUAGGUUUACUAUGGCCUUUGAAACAAAUUCAAUCGGAAGGACCAUUCACGAUUGUCGGCGAAACAUGGGGUGGAAAUAUUGCGGUGGAGCUUGCAAAGAUAAUGGAAGGAUUUGGUGAAACCGUCAAUCUUUUAUUACUGGAUGGCUGUCCAUCUGAUAAUAAAAAGCGUUUAAAACUUGUAGAUAACUUCGAUUUUGAACAAUUGAGUGGAAAUUUGGAAGCAAAGGAAAAAAUUAAUAGUUCGAUAGACGUGCUUAUGAACCAAUUAAGUGCAGUAAGAGAUUUCAUUCCUAAUAAUACUCAACUUGCAGCGAAUACGAUCAUCGCUAGACCAUCUACUUCGGAUAUUUUGGACUCCUGUAUUAACUUUGAAAAAAACCAUUGUGGCAAACUAACAGUACACAUUUCUAAGAAGUCAUCGUACAUUGAAUUUAUAAAUAGUUUAGAAGCUGCUGCUAUUAUAAAUGAAAAUGCAUCGUUUAAGUGGUAG